AUGGCUCAUCCAUCGGCAUCGAACGAAAUUGAGUUGGAAAUUCAUGAUGACCAUCAUGACAUGACUCCAAUGAUUUCCAACCAAGCUCAGCCUUCCGCUCCUUCUUCCAAUGAAGGUGGUACUACAGAGGACAAAAACAAGGUUAUAAACUCGAAUACCCCUUCAAAUACAACUCCACAACCCAAUACUUCAAACACAGCAUCUGCUCCUAGAGCUUCUAGUGAUUUAGCAAGAAGAGUCUCACAAGAGAAAACAAAGCGUUCUAUGGACAUCCCUCGUUAUUUUGAGGAAGCAAGACAAUCCAUCGAUAUCGUACAGAGCGCAGAGAGAGAAUUAAAGGAUCCAAACAUUUUGAAACAAAAGAGCAAGAAGGAGAGACAGUUUCUUCAAAAAGCCAAGGCCAAGGCGAUUGACAUCACCGAACAUGAAAUGACAGUGGACAAAGUUUGUGAAAACUACUCAACCAGUUUUGAUUCGGAAAAACCUGACAAGUCAAGAGGACUUACUGCUGAAGUCGCUGCAGAGAGGUUGCGUGUGAACGGUCCUAAUGCUCUUGCUCCUCCAAAAAAGAGGCCAUUCAUAUUCAAAGUCAUUGAACAAUUUACAUCCCUUUUUUCAUUGCUACUUAUUUUGGCUGGAUUGUUAUCUUUUCUUGAUGUAGCUAUAGAAAGAACAACUGAGUCGUAUCCUAAUCUUUUCUUGGGAGCUAUUCUUUGGCUUGUUGUCAUUUUCAAUGCCGUUGUUACUUUGUGGCAAGAGCAGUCGAGUGAAAAGAUUCUCGAAAGUUUUCAAGAAAUGCAAAGCGAGAGCAGUUGGGUUAUUAGAGAUGGUGUUGCCCAAAAAAUAGAGUGCACCCAAUUGGUACUCGGAGACAUUGUUAAAAUUGAAGCUGGUGAUAAAAUUCCAGCAGAUAUGCGUCUAUUGCACGUCACACAGUUGAAAGUAGAUAACUCUUCACUGACAGGUGAAGCAGACCCUCAAGCAAGAACAGUGGAAAUGACCUCAAAGAAUCCUUUAGAAACAAAUAACUUGGCAUUUUACGGUACAAUGGCUCUUGAAGGUUCGGCAUAUGGUGUUAUCGUUAGAUGUGGUAAUCAAUCAGUCAUUGGUCAAAUUGCCAUGUUAGCAGGCUCGACAGUAACUCUUAAAACUCCUCUGAGAAGAGAAAUUGACGGCUUCGUUCGUAAGAUUGGUAUUAUUGCCUUUGGUAUGGCCUUAUUGUUCUUCUGCUUGGGUUUCAUUAUUGGUAACAGCUGGUUCCAGAACUUUAUUUUUGCAAUUGGUAUCAUUACAGCAAACAUUCCACAAGGUUUAAUUGCUACUGUCACUGCCUGUCUUACUGUUUCAGCAUCAAGACUUAAGGCAGUUAAUGUUCUUGUUAAAAAGUUGGAGCACGUGGAGACUUUAGGAAGUACUUCAGUUAUUUGUUCUGAUAAGACUGGUACUCUUACUCAAAAUCGAAUGACAGCAGUCGAAAUUUGGUGUGACGGUACUAUUAGAAGCGUUGAUUACAAGGAUAGAUACAUGAUGAAAAAAGACCCCGGAAUGACGACUUAUGCAAAGGAAGGAGAGGAAAAUCUGUCAACAGAGGAUAAAUUAAGAAGAUGUGCUGCAUUGUGUUCCACUGCUUACAUUCUACCAGAUGAAGAUAAUAUGGUGAAGCCAAUUCUCGAUAGAGAAUGUAAAGGAGAUGCUUCAGAAUCAGCAUUGAUAAAAUAUAUUGAAACAAGAACUGAAUGUGGAACUAUUGCAGAGUUUAGAAACGACCAUCCUGAAAUUUAUUCAAUUCCAUUCAAUUCCAAGAACAAGUACAUGUUAAUGGUUGUGAAAAACAACCUUACACCAACAUGGAGCAAUAACCAAGACCAUUCAAGACCUGGAAAAGCCUUGUUAAUGAUGAAAGGAGCUCCUGAAAGAAUCAUUCAGCGUUGUACACAUAUUGAGAUUGGAGGACGAGUACUUCCUUUGGAUGAAACUUGGAAACAGUACUUCCAAGACGCUUACAACUUCUUUGCUUCAAAGGGAGAGCGUGUUCUUGGGUUUGCUCAACUCUUUGUUGAUGAGCACAUAGUUUUAGAACAAAAGACAAGGGAAGGAUCUGGUAAAACUAAUGCAGAUACUAGCCAAGGUCAGCAAAACAGCUUGGUACCUAUGGAAGGAUUAAUAUUUUUGGGAAUGGCAGGUUUGACUGAUCCACCAAAAAUUGGUGUUCCUGAAGCAGUUCACAAAUGUAAAACAGCAGGAAUUCAGGUUGUCAUGGUCACAGGAGAUCACCCAGCAACAGCGAAAGCCAUUGCCAAGCAAGUAGGUAUUAUAGAACAGGAGGCCAAGACUAUUGAAGACAUUGCUGAAGAAGAAGGAGUUAGUCCAAAGAGCGUACCAUACUCUCGUGCAGAUGCUGUCGUUCUUCAUGGUGAAGAGAUUGACAAGCUGACUGCCAAGGAAUGGUCUCAAAUUUUGAAAAAGAAGCAAAUUGUUUUUUCAAGAACAUCUCCUCAACAAAAGUUGUUGAUUGUUAGCAAAUUCCAAGAGCUAGGCCAUUGCGUUGCUGUGACCGGAGAUGGAACCAAUGACAGUCCUGCACUGAAAAAGGCAGAUAUUGGUGUGGCCAUGAACAUUUCAGGAAGUGCCGUCUCAAAGGAAGCUGCUGCCCUAAUUCUUCUUGAUGACAAUUUUGCUUCGAUCGUGAAUGGUGUUCAAGAAGGUAGACUUAUUUUUGACAAUUUGAAAAAGUCUAUUGCUUAUACACUUACUCACUUGUUCCCUGAAGUAGGUCCUUUCCUUGCUUACGUCGUUUUUGGUAUUCCAUUGCCAAUGACUGGUUUGUUGGUGUUGUGUAUUGACUUGGGUACUGAAUUGGUUGCUGCCGUGUCGUUAGCUUAUGAAAAUGCUGAGUCUGAUAUUAUGAGAGUUCCACCUCGCUCAAGAAAUGAUUCCCUUGUUGGUUUUACUCUUCUGGCCUAUUCAUAUCUACAAAUGGGUAUGAUUGAAACGAUGGCAUGUUUCAUGAACUAUUUCUUCGCUAUGAGUACUUAUGGUGUGCCUCCAAGAUAUUUGUGGUGGGGCAGCAAGAAUGGAUAUUUCAAUACUGAUACAAAGAAGGAUCUCUAUAUCGAGGAAACAGGAGUCUAUAUUUCCCCAAGUGAUCAGCUCAACAUUUUAAGUACUGCUCAAACUGCAUAUUUCUUAUCCAUUGUCAUUUGUCAAUGGAUUACAUUAUUUAGCACCAAGACUCGACGUUUGAGCGUUUUUACUCAUGGAUUUUUUGGAAAUCUUGUGGUUUAUCUGGGUAUUGUUUUCUCAGUUGCAUUGCUGGCUAUUUUCAUUUAUUGUCCUUUCAUUGGAGACUACAUUUUCCAAACUAGAUAUAUGAUUAUUGAUUUUUGGGUUUAUCCUCUUCCAUGGAUGGCAGCAAUGUUGUUCUAUGAUGAAAUGCGAAAAUGGAUUAUCAGAAGGUUGAAUUUAAGAUUCUUGUUCUGGUAA